UUUCUCUCCUUCUCUCUUUCCUUUCUUACUCUUUUUAUUUUUUUUUAUUUAGCCCGAAUAGAAUAUUUAAUGGGUGCAACCGAUAGUAAAUUAGCUUUCAGAAAAGGUGUUUUCCGUUUAUUUGAAGAAAGAAAUGUACCUAUAACCGCAGAUGACUAUUGGACUUUGUUUUGGACAUUACCUGAAUCCGUUGACGAUGUAUAUACUUUGGUCGGUUCUACCGACAUUAGAAAAACCAGAGAUGGCGCAAGAGAGAAUCUCGAGACUUUAAUUGAUAAGGUGAUGGACCAAAUGGAUGCACAAUUACACUCUAGUUCAGCACUUCAGAUUCCAUAUCUACUCAACUGUUGUCGCGUAUUAACUCGAAUUAUGCCUUAUGUAUUUGAAAGUCCAGAGUGCGCAGAGUGGGAAGAAAAGUUCUUUUGGACACCAAGAUUAAUUGAAAAAUCAGAUUCAUCACCCACUGAAACAGACGGAAAGAAGGCUACACAGUAUAUAACAUUACCACCUAGAGCUGAGGUCCUGAUAACCUUAACUUUGCAGGCAUUGUUUUUGGCAGGAUUUACUUUACCACCCACAAUGGGCACAGGAGAAUCUCGAGUGAAUUAUGUGAUCUGGGAAACAGGCGUAGGAUCCUCUACACCUAUCGGAUCCUCCAGAGAUAAUGAUAUGAACCGAACCGAAGUACUCCGACUCUUAACCGUCUUGCUUUCUCGAUCCAUGUACACUCCUCCGCCCCAAAUAUUGGCCAAGGAUGACAAAUGGCUACAGUACAUGGUAAGCAGAACAGAGCGAAAAGUUGUGCUUGCCUUCCUGUGUAGUAUGAUCAAUACUGCAUGCAAAUUUAAUCCUAUGGGUUGGACAGCCGUUCCUUAUAAUCACAUCAUGUACACCGACCCAAGGGAACAAUUGGUAGCUCUUUGUUUGCGUGUCUUGUUGAUCGUUCUGGAUUAUAGAUCACCUGAUAUCAUUCAUCUUAAUGGCUCCAAUGAAUCAGAUGCAUUUGCCAAAGUACCAUCACAACCUCAAGUGGACACUCGGGAUCAGCCCGAAACAAUGGAGAACGCCUUCCGAUAUUAUUUGUCAAAGUUACACAGGGCUCAAGAUUUUCAAUUUUUAAUAGAUGGCAUUUACAGAAUAUUAAGUAGUCCUAUGCAGACUUUGAACAGUUAUUUGCCUGGUACUUCCAAAAGAGUCAGAUAUCAUGUAGAAAUGAUGAUGUUGUGUUGGAAGUUAUUGGAGAUGAAUGGGCGAUUUAGAAGUUAUCUGAUGGAAACGGAAAGAGCAUUGGACCUCAUGAUUGUUCUCCUCUUCUAUGCCAGUGAAAACAAGCUCGAUCCAUCGCAAGUGGGACUUGUUCGUAUGUGUUCAUUUAUCCUUCAAACACUCUCUUCAGAUAGAACAUUUAGUGACAAGCUAAACAAGCAAUUUGAAGGUCAUGCAUCACUUCCAGUUAAUAUACGAUUGCCUAAUUUCCAAGGAUCCUACGCCAAUUAUUUGAUUUUGACCAUUUUUUCUUUGAUCGCAACUUCUCGAGGAACAUUAUCCACAUUGUAUCCUGCAUUCAUCAAGAUUAUUACAAACAUAUCGCCCUAUCUAAAGAAUUUAUCUGCAUUGACAUCAAACAAAUUAGUCUCUCUAUUCAGCUCCAUGUCCGCCCCUGGAUUUUUGUUGGCUGAUGAAUCCAAUCACCAUUUAAUAGAGUAUUUACUUGAAGCAUUGAACAAUACCAUACAAUUCCAAUUUUCCAAUAAUCCCAAUUUAAUCUAUGCUAUACUUCGCAACCACCAAAAAUUUCAAAAAUUGGCCGAGUUUAGUCUAGAUAAUGCAUUGAUCGAGAUCGAAAGACUACGUCAGUCAAAAGAAGCAGCUACACACAGAUUACCAAGACACUCCAUCGACGAAGCAGCAGCGGGUGCUUCACCAGAUUCUACAGCUAGUUUACCUUUAUCCGAAAAGGCCAAAGGUAAACUACCAGAAGCAUCUCUCUCGCGUGUCUCUAGUACAUCUAGUAUCCCUCCUGCUACCAAUUCACCAAUGAGACAAUCCAGUGUCUCUUCUGUCCUAUCUACUACAAGCCUCCUACCUGGUGCUAAGAAUGGAUUUAUUCCCACAGAUGACUGGAUUUAUCAAUGGCAUUCUCGUCUUCCGCUAGAUACAAUCUCAUCCUUAAUACAAGAGUUAUUACCCAAGGUUGAAUCUGAAAAUAUGAGUAAUGAGCAAAUCAUUGAUUUCUUACGAGGCGUAUCUAGUUCGGAUAUCUUACCACCGGCUCAUGCAGUAUGUAUUCGUAAAUUCCUUUGGUGUGAUGCACUAGUGAUUUGGUUCCGUAGUAUGUUAUGGGGUCAAACUUAUAUUUCAUCCGUAUCUCACUAUGGACCCUGGAAUAACACAUACAUCAAGUUAUUUCAUAUCAAGCAACAACAGCCCACUGAACCCAUUGCCUCUCCUCGUAACUCCAUCAACACACCAUAAAUCCUUUCCUAUCUACUUCCUUUUUCAUCUCUUGUAAUAUAUUGUCGCUUCCCAC